AUGGAGGACGCGGAAGAAGUGCAGAUUUGGGCGCCGAUUCUUGCUGACCCGCUCGAUUGGCCUCCAUCUUCAGUUACCAUCCCUCUUCCAAGUCAGGUGGAAGAAUAUUGCAGUUAUGUGUAUGGCGUCGAUGGCAUGGGAAUCAGCAAAUUUGCACCAGAGCCCAAAGAUGAUUUGGGAGACCUCAUAGUAAAGCAAAAUUGGUGGCAUCGCCUUCGAGGUCCUCGCAAGAGGAGGAUAUUUCCUUGGGGAAGCGGGGGCAUGAAUUUUCACCGUCGAAAGAACAAUGAGCAUUGGACACAUGAAGAAGUGAAGAAGCUGGUUAAGGGUGUCAAGACAUAUGGUGCCGGGCGAUGGACUAUGGUGAAGAAUCGUUACUUCUCAUCAUCGAUUCGAGACCCAGCACAUCUCAAGGACAAAUGGAGGAAUCUUCUGAGAGCUUGUGGGGUCCCGUGCAGCUCUCAAAGGAAGGAAAAGGCACAAAAGACUAUGUUCCGGCCCUUAGAUACAGAGUUGAUCCAACAGAUCCAAGAGUUGGCCAUCGAUUCAGCCUCCACAUCAAAAAUGAAGAAACACCGUGGGAAAGGAACAACUAGCUGA